UUUCAGCAUGUCUGGGCAGAGGAACGCGCCCAAAACCUUAUGAUUAGUUCCACAAUGCCAUAAAGAUGCAGAGUAGACAGACCAAUAGACAGAAGAAAAUCUAACACUGCCAACUAUGCGGAAAACAACUAUUAUAUUCCGAAAUAUUCUGUUGCGCAUUUAUUACGCCUUGAGAGUAUCCAUAUAAGGAAAAGCCUUAUCGGCAAAUACGGUCCAACUUCCAGAAAGUCCUGAAGAAAAUCAGCUUCUAUUUAAUAUCGAGAGCGCGCAAAUGGUGAUUGUGCGCGUUCCACUCAGUCAAUUGCAUGUGUAAUCAUUUCGGCCGACACUGAAGAUGGCGAUGAGAGUAGCGUUCCGGUGCCUUUCUGCAAACUUUUCCACAGUACUGGUUCAGCUUUCUCGACCUGUACAGAUAUCCGCAAAUCGGCUCUUAUGGAAGGCAAACACCGCACGGACACUGAGCACUGCCUCGCGACUGUCCACAGCCCUCAAAUUCACAGACAAGCAUGAGUGGGUACGAGUAGAGGGCGGAGUUGGUACAGUUGGCAUCAGCAAUUUUGCUCAGGAAGCAUUAGGUGAUGUGGUGUAUUGUGGACUCCCUGAGGUGGGGCAAAAACUUGAACAAAUGGAGGAGUUUGGUGCUUUGGAAAGUGUGAAGGCUGCUAGUGAGUUGUACUCUCCUCUGACUGGAGAGGUAACUGAAAUCAACACCGAGCUGGCAGACAACCCUGGACUAGUGAAUAAAUCCUGCUACGAAGGGGGCUGGCUAAUUAAGAUGACUAUUGACAACCCUGCAGAACUUGAUGGCCUCAUGGACGAUGGCUCCUACGAGAAAUUGAUCAAAUCCCUUGAUGAGUAGACUGCUUGACUCUCCAUGUUUUUUAAAUGUUCUUUUUAAUGAUGACUACAGGUCUUUCACACUAAUCCUAUCUGGACUGGCUGUAAAAUCUCAGCUCAAAUGGUAUUAUGUAAAGUAGCCCUAUUUAUUUUGCCUGUAAUUGUUUCAUCACCAACAUAACCAAAAUGUUAAUUAACAAUGCUCAUCUAGGUGCUUAUUGCUGAUGAAACCACAAGACAACCUGAAGGGUUUGUUCCCAUGUCCUGUUGGCACAACGAUAAAUCCUGUUGGCACAAUAAUCAAGGAUUUAUUAUUUCAGGUUAGUUUGCUUAGUUUGGACUAAAAGAAAAUACAGACAAGUGGCAACAGGUUGGAAAUGAGAAGUCAGCGUACAAUACAGCAUACAAUCCAUUUUUUUUUUUUUUCAUUGACUUUUAUAUUCCAUCUGGUGGGAAGGAUGGAAUACAGUACUAUUCACUUCCAUAAACCACCUUAAGUCAUUAGCUAAUAGUCAAAACUUAAUUUGGUGUCUGGCAAUGCAAGACUAGUCAAAACUUUGGCUGGCAGCCUGGCACUUCCAAAGACUCCCACACUUGUAGAUUCACAUUAUUCAGCAAGAUAACCUUUAGAACAAAAGACUACAGCACAAAUGAAGCAAGAAUCAAUUGUAUUUGGGAUAUUUUCGUAUUUUGAGGUAACAUCUGGAAUAUGUGGGAUAUAUUGCAUUUUUUGUUACACUGUUUAUACACCGCCUGCAUUUAUAUACUGGAUGGUGGCAUAGCUCACUAAUGUCUACUGCUAUACAUAUUCUUAGUAUAUAUUUUUGGUGUAGCCCUAUAUAUGCAUAGAUUUCAUUUGGAUUAGUGAUUUGUCCUGACAUUCAUGAUCUUGUUUUUGAUUAUUUGUGUACUUGUUUGACACGUUUGCUGCAUUGUUAGGAGCUAGGAAGCCAAGCAUUUUGCUGCACCUGCUAUAACCUCUGCUAAACUGUAUGUGACCAAUAAAAUUUGAUUUGAUAUA